GUAUCAUUUAAUAAUCUUGAAAUGACUUAUCAGUCACAUUUAAAUGCUGACAAUGAAGAUAUUCAAUAUUUAAAAUUUUCUAAUAAUAAAGAAGAAAUAGGAGAAUUAGUCUGCGAAGUUGAAAUUUUAUCUAAAGAACAAAUUGAUAAUUUUAAAAAAAAUAUGAUAAAAUUAAUAUAG